UGAGAAGGAAAUGAAUCAUCUCAACACAAGGUUUGGAUGGUUCACAAAAUAAGCUGGGCUCAGUGCCACGUACUCAGUGAUGAAAAUUAACAGCCUGCAUGUUGAGUGAGGCAGAGACUUUGUGAAAGGGACAGCCAGGGGAAAAAGGAGAGAGAUGUGACCAUGUGAUCAAGAACCCUUCUGUACAAAGGAGCAAGUGAUAUAUGGGCAUUUAACCUUAAUCCUGGCCAUUUUGUCUUUUUAGAGUGCCUAGAUUGUUUUUUAAACUGAGGGAGAGGUGGAUAUAAGUUGGUAUGGAGAAUGUGGAAUAUAGCUUCUGUGUGCCUUUCAGGAGAAAUGCAGAACAGCAGGGGCUGGGCAAAGGGAGGACAAAAAGCAGUUUAUGACAGCUCACAACCUCUCAAGAGGCCGUUUACACCAACCUCUGCUCUGCCAACAAUCAGUGUUUUAGCUGCUGAUGGAAGAAAACAUUAUUACUGAGGUUCCAGCAGCCUUAAAGCGUCUAGCCAAAUACAUGGUGCGUGGUUUCUAUGGAAUAGAGUACUCACUGGCCCUUGAUAUAUUGAUCCGCUACCCCUGUGUCAAAGAGGAUGACUUGUUACAGUUGCUCAAGUAUGAACGUAAGCAAUUGCGUACCGUCCUCAACACACUCAAAGCAGACAAAUUUGUCAAGUUGCGUAUGCGAGUUGAAACGGGGCCUAAUGGGAAGAGCACAAGGCACAAUUACUAUUACAUCAAUUACAAGGUGCUGGUAGAUGUGGUAAAAUACAAACUGGAUCAUGUACGCCGGAAGAUAGAAGCGGAUGAGCGGGAUUCAACUACCAGGUCUUCUUUCAAAUGUCCAUCUUGCUCCAGCACUUACACAGACCUGGAAGUCAACCAGCUGUUUGAUGUAUUUACAGAGACUUUCCGCUGCACUUACUGCAACACUGAAGUAGAGGAGGAUGCCUCAGCACUUCCCAAACGAGAUGCUCGAACCUUGCUAGCAAGAUUCAAUGAGCAGAUUGAACCUAUCUUUCUGCUAUUGCGUGAGACUGAAGAUAUUGUUUUGCCAUAUGACUUGCUGGAGCCUCAACCUACAGAAAUCCCAGAACUAUCAGAAGGCUUUGAUCAUAAGGCAUGUUCAAGUGUGCUGGAAUCUAGCACUCGACCUGAAAAAUGGGCCAACAAAAGUUCCUCUUUUGGCAAUAUGUACACCCAAAAUUUAGUUAUUGAUGUCCAAGACUCUGAGGCGAAGAAGAAAAUAAGAGAAAAAGUAACUAAAGAACAACCUGUUUGGAUGUCACAGAGUACUGUGGAAGGAGCAGCAGCAGCCACCAGCAAUACUGUUGGAGUACAUCCUUCUGAAGAAAUUGAAGAAAGCUGUAAAGAAACUGUCACUGAUAGUGAAAUCAUCAAGACUCUACUGAUCCAUGAAUCUAAGCCAUCUUCUGGCACAGAGCGUGCUCCCCUUGCCAAAAGCAAGCUACCUGAAUCGGAAAGUGACACUAGUGAAUCUGAGGAAGAUGCCAAGCAUUCAAGAUCUGAAGUAAUGAAAGUAGCUGGCAGCAACUUUGAACAAGAGGAACAGGAAACACUAGAUCCCAUUUUAUUGGUAGCUGGCCAGCCUCACUCCUAUAGUGAAGUUAAUGAAAAUCCAGAGCUUGUGUGUCUCAUGACAAAUGAGGAGAGAGAGGCUUACAUAAAAGUAGGGCAAGAAAUGUUCCAGUCUGUCUUUGAAUAAAUACUAUUACACUGAAUAUGCAAACUUGUAUAGGACAGGUGACAUUUCCUUUUGAGAUGAGUUAAACAGUCAAACUGGUUUUGUCUUCUGUUCUUCAAAAAAUUAUCAGUGAAG